AUGGUUCCUUUUAAUUUACAAGGGAAAACCACAACCAACACUUGCAAUCGCCCAACUGCUUUACAUUUUCAUUCUUGUGAUGGCCUUCAAUUGAGAGGUACAACACAUAUCAACAGCCCGAAGCUACAUAUGAGUAUCAAUGGUUGUGAAGAUGUAGAUGUUGGAAAUCUUAACAUUUUAGCUCCAGAGGAUAGUCCCAAUACUGAUGGGAUAGACAUUAGUGGAUCCUCACAUGUUUAUAUCCAUGAUUCUAAAAUUCAAACUGGCGAUGAUUGUGUUGCUAUUAAUGGUGGGACUAUCGGAAGCCUUGGGGAAAACGGUGGUCAUGACAAAGUUGAACAAGUUCGUGUAGAACAUUGUAACAUCUCAGGAACGACAAAUGGGUUACGAAUCAAAACGGUGCCGUAUGGAACGGGGUAUGCUAGGAAGAUUGUAUUUCAGGACAUCCAUCUGGAAAAUGUUCAAAAUCCAAUUAUAAUUGAUCAACAUUACUGUAGUAAUCCGGAAGAUGCCUUUUGCCCAGCACCGAUAUGCUUGUUCUCCAUGAACAUAAUCUCAUCUUACCAAAGAUGCAAUUCCAUAUCUAACAUUUACUGA